CAGAUAAAAAAAUAUUAAUCAUUGCCGUCGUGUUAUUGUAUGUGAACAAUGUGUUUUACCUACGCAAUAAUUUAGUGCAAUAUAAUUGUUAUUACAAAUUAAUGGACCCUGUGCUGGUAUUCCAAUGGAUACAGAUAUUUUAAUUGAAAAUAAGGACUACUUAUAUGGUGAGGAUUUUCUCGAUCAGUUGUUGUCGUCAAAUGACUACAAAUGGUCGUCUCUGCUGGAUGCGACAGACGCUUCGCCGAGCGAGAUCCUGGCUGAUGCUGCACCUAUCUUAGUACCGCCGAUAUCACCAAUUCUGAGUAUUAAGUCAUCAGAAGGCAGCAGCAAUUCUGAUUCUGGCAGUGAAGAUGAUUCCAAAAACAGCUCCAGUGGCACAUCAGCUAGACAAUCAUCUCAAUCACCUUUUGAUUGGACAAAUUUUAAUGAGGAACCUACCAAUAACUUGAAUCUUGAAGAUAUUGAACUGUUCCUACAAAAAACUGCUCCCAAUCCUGAUAACCCACCAUUACACAAAGUACUGACAAAUGGAAAAUCUCCUGAAAGAAAUGGACCAGUCAUGGCUAUUGAAAAUGGUGUUAUUAAGGGCAUUAAAAUGGAGAUUGAAGACUGUGAUAGUGAAAUAAGGAACUCUUAUUCUAAGGGCAACAAAGGUAAUGGUUACCAUCAAAACUCUUACUUCAAAGUGGUGAAUGAGAACACAAAUAAUUCUCCCAAUGCCAAUGACAAUAAGAUUGCGGUGAAUGGCCAGAUUCAGUUGAUAGUGGAACAUAAGAAGGUGCCGAGUAUUUUGAAAAGGCAUUCCAAUGUGACCACGAAGCCACCCAGUAUUAUAAUCCCGGCGGAGAGCACAAAGGGCGGGAAGAUCGCAAUAUCACCACUGACACAAACUAAAUUUAAUGGGGCCAAGGAUGGUCAAGUUCAGGUAACAUCACCAAGAAGUAACAUAGUAAUUAACCCUAAUCUGACGGUGUCCACCAAUGGCACAGCGCCACAGAUAGUACAAAACCAUGUGAUACCUCCUUACGCUGAUAGUGAGGGGUCCAACAGCCCUACGAUAGACCUCUCCAACUUCAGUGAAGCGGAGAUCAAGGCUAUCAAGAAGCAACAGAGGAUGAUUAAGAAUAGGGAAUCAGCAUGUCAAUCUCGGCAGAAGAAGAAAGAAUACGUGACUGCGUUAGAACAGAAAUUGUUUGAAGCUCAGCAAGAGAUUGCCAGGUUGCGACUAGAGAACAAACUUCUCAGGGACCAACUGGAAACUGGUGGGCGGAGUCGGAAGAUGCCGCGACUCGACGCCUCGCUGUUGAUACCCAAAAAGAACAUAGCUGUUAUAUUUGCUAUGGUAUUCAUGGUAUCACUAAACUGGAACGUUCUUGGGUGGAACGCAAAGCCUUUUGUCGGGCCCUCCGCCCCACACCGGAGCACAAGGCAUUUACUAUGGUCAGAGGACACCGCUGUAGAUAUUGUAAAUGAUGACUUAACAAAUGGGACGUACGUGACAGACUGCCAGAACGCGACAAUGAAAGCGACGGACUUUGUGAACAUCAAUCAGACGGAGAGUAUACGGAUAGCGGGCGAGCUGAAGCGAUGGAUCGGCGGCGGGAAGACGCUGAACUGGACGUACGAUGUGCCACGGAAGAAACGACAGGCUUAUCUUAGCGAGGAGAAGAUUAAUGGUGGUCUACUAGAGAGCUACAGGCUGUUCAACAAACUGCAUUUAGAAAACAACUUAAUGGACUUUCCAAGUAUAAGGACUCACGCAAAAACCGUCAAGGACAAAUCACGAUUACGUCGUCUAAGGAGGAAUAAAGACAUAGAUUUCGCAGAAAACGCGGUUAUAGACUACGAAACUCUUUACCGUAAGCCUAUGAGGAAAGCUGUCAAUGAUUUCAAUAUGGAUGACUUAGGAGAGUGGAACGCUUUACUUGAAGCUCUACAUAGGCGAGACGACACGUUCUAUAUUGUAGGUUUCGGUAAAGGGGAGCAUUUGUUACUACCAGCCGUCUCACAUAAUGUCACUAGGCCACCGAAGAUGGCUCUGAUCUUGCCUGCUAGGAGUGGUAACGAUUCUCUAAUGAAUGACCACGUAACGCUGAUGCAGAUUGACUGUUCAGUCGUCAAUACAACGCUAGUCAAGUUAAAAUCUGACGCUCUACCAGAAAGCCUAAGGAAACCCACAACCGACCCGACAGUCGAACAAGAAGAGAAACGUGAGAACACUUCAACUUAUUACAAAACAAAUAAUGAUAAUAUUGAUAUCAAUCUCCUACAAAACUCUAGUAAUAGGAUAUCUAAUUAUUCAAAAAAUCAAAAUGUGCCACAUAAAGUAGAUGUAGGCAAAGAUGACUUAUUUGCCCAGUACUUAUUCUCUAAGUACGAAAACUCUAAAGACAGUCCGGCUAAAAGGCCUCGUAGUAAAAAAACUGUUGAGAAAAAAGAAAGUAAUAGCACUACAAGUUCAACGUGAGUUUAUUAUUUAAAAUUCAGUAUUUUGUUCUCUACGCUCAAACACCUGAUUGGUGGAUAAAUUGUACAAUCAGUACCCUUGGUACGAGUUUGCUUUACGUUUAAAGGAAAGCGCAUCCGGCGCUUUGAUUGGCUGGCUCAGAUGAACCAACAAAUCAGACCGCCGAGCGAGCUCUCGUUUCGAUCUCGUUAAACGUAAAACAAACUCGUACUAUGCUGUCUAAAUGCUUCUCAUCGUCACGAGAUGACCAUGCGUAAUAUUGAACCAAUGUUUGUGUUUACUAAUUAUGUUACGUCCAUAUAAUAUUUUAUGUAUAAUUCGUUUUUAUUCAUGACACUUAUUAUUAUUGAAUGUUCGUAUUACUUCAUGCUCUGGAAUAGCAUUAAGUUCAGGCUAAUAUAUAAUCUACCUAAAUAUUUUUGAGAGUAAUUAGUCUUAAGGGACCUUUUGCCCCAGUGGUGCCUACCACCUGUGAGAGGACUGUGUAUCUAGGCAACUACAGGUAGGUUUUAAUAUCUUCCAGAAAAUUCUAAUUUAGUUUUGAUACUUAAUUGUCAACGUGUUCUAUUAUAUCUUACAAAAAAGUGUUAAAAGAAAAAUAUGUUAUGCAAUAGAUUUAGAAUGUACAUCGAUCUCAUUAUGUCGAAACCACAACGUGUGAAAUUAUUAUUUUAAUGGAAUAUAAUAAUAUAAAUAUAAACGUAAAUUCAUAGUAGCGUAGAUUUGUCGGAAAAUGUGCAUUACGUUGUAAAGAUAAAGUUGAAUUUACUAUGACAUCAAAUCGAUGUUUCGACUCUGCGCUAAUAUGAAUUAACCCUUAUCUGAAGAUAUAUUUAUGUUACAGAUUUAUUAAUAUUAUACUUAAUCGUAAGUAAAAAUAGAUGCAUAGAGAUAUAGUUUUUGACAAGCCUAGUUUAAUUAAGCCAGAUAAAAUAUACCUGCCUUGGCUGUGUGUAUUAUUAUAGAAGGUUUGUUACUAUGUUAUGCAAUAUUCCAUUAACUGGUAGAAUUAUUGAUGUAUUGGUUCAAAAUAGCAAUAUUAUAAAAUAUAAUGUAAUCACAACUAGUCUCAAGAUUUUGUAUCAAGGUGUUUAAUACGAUAAUGUGGCAAUUUUUAAGAGUUUUAUGCAGACUUCUGUGUAUUAUACUUUGUGACUUUUGCGCUUCCAACCAGGGCUGGUAGUCUCGACAGUGAUAACGACAGAAAUUCUUCGCUAUGACAGAAUUUUCACUAUCGAUAGAUUUUUAGCUUUAUUAUAAAUCGAUAAGGCUGAAAAUCUAUGCGAACAUUCCCAACUUAGCGACCGAAUGAUGUCGUUAAAAAUGUCGGGACUGUCGGUCCUGCUACGAAAUGGUGCGAUAGAGAAUAAGUUUGUGUUAUUCAUCAACAGUCCAUUAUUUUAAGUGUAAGUAAUGUAAAGAAAUAGUACCUCAAUGUAGUUAUUUGUUGUCUAGUGUAUAAUUAUUUUCAUCAGUGUUUAUAACUGGACAGAGAAAAUAAUUUGGAACCAAUGAACUCUUUUUGAGUUUUCAAAUUCAUGUUACUUAACUAUUACUUUCAUAAUUGUUAAUUAGCUAUAUUAUUUAACAGUUGUAAUAUUUAUAACUAUCACAAAACUAUUCUAUAAUUUUUGUAACUUGUUGUUUUAUUUUUAAAUAAUUAUGUGUAUGUUGAUUUUAUUUCACGGGAUACUUAUAAUUUAUUCUUUUAUUUUAAGUUUCUUUUACAUAAUUAAUUAUGCACGUUUUUGUAUAAAUACUGACUGUCAUAGUAUUGUUUUCCGUGAAUCAAAUAUUUAAGUUAUAUCUAACAUGAUUUAAUAAACUAUACUCUAAAUAUUCCAGUCUAUUUUCUUCUAAAUAGUCUUUCUAGUCUUGGCGAGGUAAUGAACGGCAUCAUAAAUAUAAAACGAAAGAUGAUUCUAAAAUUCUGGAUGAUAAAAGUAAUAUUCAUUGAAGAAUUUGUUAUGCAGUAAUCAAAUAGUAUAAGCAAAUCAGACUUCGUAUAAAACAUAGACGAAGUUCAAGAACGCAACUUUAAUUUUUCUGUGUACCCAGUUAUUGAACGCAACAUAAAAUGUCACAAUCAGCUGUCUGUUCAAGUGUCACAUCAAAAUAUAACCUCAAAAAUACAAACAAAUCAACCGAAGAAACAAUAUUGUGCUCUACUCUAGAAUUGGAGAAAAACAUGACUGAAUAGUUUCGAUUUAGCAUAAUAAUAUUGAAAUUGCACUAAGCUAGAUAAAACACGAAGAAUGAAUUGCGUACGAUUGUUACGACUAGCCGAAAAACAAACAUUUCGAGGGUUUCAUACAACAUUGGCUAGAUAUGCCUCAAACGCUCCAAUUCGUUACAUGGAAACCCAAAAGAUGUGGAGAGAAAGAGAUGGAAUAUCCAAACGUUGGCAGUUGAUAUACAAAGCUCCAAUGGACACUGCACUUAAGUACGCAUCUUCUUACUUAACGGUAUCAACGGGUAUAAUUGGAGCCAGCACUCUGUACUAUGCUGCUUUCGUAUUUGAUAAGGCGGAUAUGUACAACCCAGUGGUAAUCGGAGACAAUGUGGUGAUUGCUAACAACCCAGUUGAGUGCUUAGUAUACCUUGGAUCCUUCAUUGCAUUACAUAUUGCUAUAAAAGUAUUAAUAUCCAGAUACGUCAUCAGAAUGUAUCAGGAUGGUGACGAAUAUUUAGCAGUGUUUAGAGGGCACUUCUUUAAUAGUAUAACUACACACAAGUUUAAAUUGAAAGAUUUUAAAAAGUUAAAACCUACUUUCUUUGUCUCCUGGGGUGAGGCUAGGUUUGAUCUUGGUAAUAAGCAUGGCAUCAUAUUAGAGAACUACUUCAAAACACCUGAACAUUUUCACUAUAUGUUGAACAAAAAGAGUUCGGAAAAUGCUGAAGAAGAAUAAUUUGUUAAGAUUACAAUAUUUAUGUUAUUAUGUAUGUAGUUUUAAUUAUUAGCUUUUGUUGUUACAAGCUAUAGAAUAAAUGUUUUCAUAUAACA